AACAUCUCCCUGCGCUGCUCACCGGAGGAGGACAGGACACACACCGGGGCUGGACGCGCACAAUGGACUAAAACUCCCAGAGAGAGAGAGACAGACAGAUCAACACUUAUCAGCUGAGAAGCCGCCCGCUGCAAACAAGCCACUUUCUUUCAGUCUGUGGACGCUCAGCUCUCAUCAGACCAGGUAUGAUUCAGAGGAAGGAGGUCGUGCUGUCUGUACUGGGGGAGCUCCAGGAGGCCACGGAGAGCUCGGGCCUAGACGCUCUGACCAGAGCGGCCCUGGAGGUGGAGCAGGUCCUCGCUCCCUUCCAGCUGCCCGGGACCCCCUGUCAGGACUUCCCUGACUGGGCGGGCGUGGACGAUGAGGCCCGCGGUCUGUACCCGGCCGACGCACCCAUGAGCCUCCUGCCUCUGAACUGCAAAGGAGAGGGCAACCUGUUGUUUGAUGCAGUGAGCAUGCUGUUGGUGGGCAGCACUGAUCUUAGCUUGGAGCUACAGGUACGGACAGUGGUGGAAAUGGUGCUGUGGAAGAGAUAUUACCUGUCUGGGAUGAUAGAUUCAAAAAUGAUGCUUCAGGCCGUUCGCUUCAGUCUCUGUGCCGAAGAGUCUGAGGACAUGCUCAACCUGCCUGUGACGGUCUUGGAGGCCAUCUUUGAUGCGGAUGUCAAAGCGUCCUGCUUUCCCGGCUCCUACGCCAACAUGUGGCACGUGUACGCCUUGUCAUCUGUGCUGCAGUUUAACAUCUACUCCAUCUACCCCAUGUUCAACCUCAAGAUCCGACCCUAUUUCAACCGCGUCAUCCGCCCAAGGACCUGGCCUAAUGACUCUGACCCGCUGACCCUUCAUGUCAUGUGGUCUGGCCAGCUGCAGUCUGAGUCGUUGUUCAGGCCAAAUUAUUUUGUGGCACUAGUCCAGACAAGUGACCUCACGUUUGGAAGCCCUAAUAGCGAGCAGAGAGAAUCUCCGACUGACGGCGAGGAGCUCUUGAACCCGGAUUCACAGCUGUCGUACCCGAAUUUGAAGGACAAGUACAACAUCACCAAACGGACCUUCUACCGCUGGAAGAGGCAGACGCAGGAGCACUGCAAAAAGUCUGCUGCCAGGUACGAAGCAAAGUACUUCCUGCAGGCCUGCUACUUGGAGGGUAAGCUCAUCCCUCUGCACCAGUUCAAAGAGUUUUUCCCAGAGAUCUCAAGGUCGUCUUACUACAACUGGAAGCACGACCUCCUGAAAACCGGAGGGAACUUCUCCACCUCAUCAUCCACCGGAGAGAUCAGUCCGGGAGAGAGCACAGAGCAGGAGGCCUGGUCUUCACCGGAAGCAAAGCAGGACGAGCCAGACCACCAUGACAGCGUGGCCAGUAUGUUUGGCCUCAGCGUAGGCAAGCUGGAUCUGGAGCGUGCCCAGAGUGUGGCUAAUAUGCAGGAAGCUAAGCGCUGCCUGCAAAAUUGCAUCGCCAUGAAUGCCUCGCUCCCCUUCAGGGUCUUUAAAAGAAGUUUCCCAGGGAUCUCCAGAUCCACCUACUACAACUGGAGGAGAGAAGCCAUGCUGUUCAACAGAGGUUACAAGGGCAGUGUCGGCAGCAGCGAGGACAGCUCCGAUGCAGACAAGAGCCAAAGUCCAAAAAGUCUGUCGCCAGUCCUGCCGAACGGCAACCAGCCGGUCUUUACCAGAAUGCGGGUCUGCAGGAGGAAGCACAGAAGUUUCAGGCUAGCGUACAUGAGUAAAAAGCAGCUCCGAGAUGCUGCAAAACUGCAUGUCCAGAAGUCCAAAUGGUCCCUCACAAAGUUCAAGCUCAAGUUCCCAUCCAUGUCCCCCUGUUUCUACUGGCUGUGGCGUAGCGGGCAGAAGGGCAAGAAGAAGACGGUCACACAAGACUCAGAGAUCCACCUUCCUCAGCGUCUUGAGAACACUGUGACGGAAAACAACGUUAUGGAGAGAAGGGUGGAUAGUCAGCAUGGGCUUCCAUUUGUUGAGAGUCCUAAAUACUUACAAAGUUCCUCCAUGCCCCCCUUUGAUGCCCCACAUACAGAGCACACCCUUCACGGAAUGACACCCAUAGAUGAGCAGAUGUUUGCGAUGGAUGUUGUCGCCCUUGCCAACUUCAAGGCCAAAGCCAAGCUGUUCCUGCAGCGACGCUUCGAGGAGAAAUCCUUCCCAACGUUCAAAGAAUUCCGGUCCUACUUCCCCUUCACCCCGCGCUCGACGUACUACAUGUGGAAGCGAGCUUUAUAUCACGGGGUGUCGCUGGUUCAUGGGUAAGCAUGCAGAGUUUUAAAAAUGGGCUUUCAGGAUACAAAAGAAAUCUCUGUUGAAGAACUUCUUGGCAUUCAACCCACUGCCUUUUUUGCUGAAAACAACCGGCUACAUUCACCUUGUAGACGACACGUUCUUGAAGACUGAGUAUGCCGGCUUUGCAUCCAAAUGCAUUGUGUCCUCCCUCUGUCUCUGUCUCUCCCCCCACCUCAGCUCAUUCCUCCCUCGUGGACAUUUGCACGUGUGUGAAAAGAAACUUGGUCCGCUUAAACUCUGCAUGUUGCCCUCCAGGCAACAGGCAGUUCAAAGCUGCUGUUUAGUUGCAGUUUGUUUGAAGCCGUUUCUCCUCCAUUCUCCUUUUUAAUCCUCGCUCAGCAUUGUACUUGUGGUCCUUUUUUUUUUUAUUUUUUCACUUUUCUUUGUAGUAAGAUUGUUAAUGCCUAAAUGUAUGAGUUUUUUUUUUUUUUGUUGAUGCAUGUGAUACUGCUCCAGGAAAGUCUUGGUGGUUUGUUGAUUUUUGAUUAUUUGACUGUAAAGAGCUGCCAGUAUUUGUUUUCAGAGAUGGUUUACUCGCUCUUGUUCAGAUAUAUUCUGUGUAAACAGGUUUCCAGUCUUUUCUCAUAGUCCCCCCCCUCCCUUUUUUUGGAUUAUUGAAUGUAAACACCUCAGGGAAUCACUUUGUGCACCCAGGUUUUAUGUGCUUUUUUUGUGCCAUUUUAAAGACCAACUUUUUAAGAUUGCCUCUUUUUCUGUGAACAUGAUAUAAACUGUGAGUUUUGUCACUUUAUUUGCACUAAAAUAGUUCCCAUCACACUGUUGAAUGUAUUGUCUUAACCAUCAUGCACCCUUUUGGUUAAGUUUGGUCUAUUUUUGAAAAAUGUCUACUUGGUUUCUUUACUUGAAAAAAAACGGAAUAUAAAUGAAGAUAUUUUAUUUUUUUGUACGAUCCUUCAUUUCAGAACUACCUAUUUCAUUAUUAUGUUGGGGAGUAUCAGCCUUUAUAAGCUACCUUGGCAGUUUGUUUUUCAGCCUCUGUUACACCUCCUGAAUUAUAGAUCUCAGUUGGCAUUUGUACUUGGUGUAUUUAUUUUUCUUUUUCAUUUCACAUCUGAAAUCAGUACUCUGUGAGACUAUAAUGUUUAACUGAUACCUUCCAGUCAUUCAGUCGGUAAAGGAAUCUGUGCUGUCAGGCUGUAUAUCAAUAAACCAUCAACCAGCAUCA